UUCUAGGGAAAAAGUAUACGAUCGCCACUCUUCCGUGACGACGGUGACUCCAUAGUCUCCAUACCCCAUGUUCUAUAGCGGAAUCUAGCCGACUCUAGUCAUAUUAUGUUUAUGGCGUGAUAAGAGACAGGCGCUAAUUUGGCUUUGACCGUUUGUCUCAGAUUUCAUUCGCUGUUAGUAAGCUACUAUAUUUCUCGGAUUGCGUUUUUCGAGACAAUCCCGAGCGAGAAGGCCGUUUGGAAAUUCGUUACAAUGUCUGCUGUCACUGCCAAACGAGAGGAAUUUCGCAAGUAUCUGGAGAGAGCUGGUGUCAUGGAUGCUCUCACAAAAAUACUUGUCUCACUCUAUGAAGAGACUGAAAAGCCAACUGAUGCCUUAGAGUAUAUACGUAAGAAUCUUGGCGGUAUCAUGGACAAUACUUCGGAAAUUGAUACCUUGAAGAAAGAAUUAGAGGAGUCCAAAGCUAAAAUUGCCGGACUGCAAUCAAAAUUAGCAAAGUAUGAACAAAAGGAUGAAGUACAGGCCGAGUAACCGUUAUGGAUAACAUAUCUUCGAUCAGAGUUCAUGCUAGUCUUUUUUUUUUUGGACAAUGACUUUUCUAAAGUCAGUCUAUGUGCCUUACAUUUACUAUAAU